AUGAAGCGGACUUUACUUACCUUACUAGCUUAUUCGGCUUUAGCUAAGGCUCAACAACAUGGAGAAGAACACGGUGGAGAACAUGGUGGACAUCAUCACAGUCCCCAAAUAUUUUACGGUUAUCUUUUGAUUAUCAUUUUUGGUAUCAUCGCUUGCGGAAUCGCGUUAGUUACACACACAGGAUUAACCCACAAGAGCGGAAUAUAUAACAAGUUCACCAGAUGGUCACUUCACACGCCUACAUUUCAAUACAAAUUGACAAAAAAUUCAACACACCGGAGGUACCUCACGUUACCAUCAAUUGCACACAUGGUCGGUAUAUUCACCUUGGUUAUUUUUCCUACAAUGUUAGUCUUGACGGGACCGGAGUCUCCAUCUACAAACAGAAGUACCUCAGAUAUAAACCAAGAGUUACACAGGAAUGCGUUUGAUAGGACGGGUGUCAUAGCUUUCGUACUUACUCCAUUGCUUGUCAUUUUGGGAUUAAAAGUUCCCCCAUUUGCCAUUUUCGCUUUCAAAUGGUUCACCAAUCUACACUUCGACAAAGCACUCUUCUUCCAUUUCAUUACUGGAUUUACGGUAUGGGCAUUUAGCUUUGCACAUACUGUUUUAUGGAUACAACAUGCUUGGCCUCGCCGUGAUGAAAGUGGUGUUUGGAAUCAAAUAUGGUCAUCUAAGAUGAAUUCUUCUGGUUUCAUGGCCUUACUAUUCUUGUCGCUCAUUCUCCUUCUCUCAAUCCCACCAAUAAGGACAAAAUUUUAUGCACUCUUUCAUAUCGUCCACAUCUGUUUAGUUUUCGCGUUCUUGGUAGCUGCUGGUGUACACUACAAGCCACUAGCACCAUUUAUUUGGGUAUCCCUCGCGUUUUGGUUAGCUGAGCGCACAUGGCGUGGCUUAAUAGUCUUAUGGAGAAACGCUGGUGCUGGUAAAUUCCACCUUGCAGAUAGGAAACCAAACCACUGGGCAACAGUACUCCGUCCAGCUGCAACGAUAAAGAGUUUGGUAUCACCACAAAUGGACAAACCAGCCAAUCUUACCCUUAUGGGAUGGGAAGAGCUUGAAAAAGGGCGCAACAAUAACACAUCAAUGCACGGCAAGAGUAACACCACGCUCAACAAGACAACAAGUGGUAGUAAUUCGAACGAAUCAACAGACAAAUAUGUCCCUCCGGUUGUCAAACAUGAAACACCAUGGAUGGAUCCACCAAGUAGCAGCUGUUCAUUCCCAAUAAGAAGAUCACAUCCAACUGGUUUUGUUCACGCUCAAUUGCUUCCAGGAAAGAGUGUCCGUCUUACGCUCCGUUUGUCAACCCCCAUGCACUGGAAACCUGGUCAGCACGCAUCGUUAAUUAUACCAGAAAUUUCACGUUUUGGUGCUCAUCCAUUCACUAUAGCUAAUGUUGACGAGGAUGAUCCUUGUAAGGUUGUAUUUAUAAUCAGGGCUAAAAGCGGAUGGACAAAGCGACUCUGGGAGAAAGUGCGCCUUAUGCGUCAGCCAAAGUUCAUCAGCAGUGAGGUUAAUCCUCAAGAUAGUAGUAACUAUCUCCCUUGCGCAGCUCCUCCAGUUUACAUUCGCGCUCUGAUCGACGGUCCAUAUGGAAGUGCAGAGAGGGUGAAAUGGUCAAAUUACUCUUCCAUUCUGCUCGUAUGUGGUGGUAGUGGAAUUAGCUUCGGUGUGUCAAUUCUGCAACAUGUUUGUAACACUAUUUCUUUAGGUUCUGGACCGUUGCGACGCGUGAGACUUGUAUGGCUCGUCAAGGAAUUUGCACAUGUUCAAUGGGUUGCUAGCGCACUUAGGAGGUGUGUUACACUUCUCUCAAGCGAUGCUUUCCAGUUGGAAAUAUUCGUCACUUCUGAAGUCAAACCAGGAGAUUAUGAUCCACCAACCAUAAGCUCAUUCUUCCCAUCUCCAAGGUCUCCAUUUCCACCUACGCCAGCAACAAGGACUUAUUCACCACCUCAUUCGCCUGUGCAGAGGUUCUACACCCCUGCCACCGGUCUUGGCGAUGAUCUCGUGUUGUCAUACAGUAACCUAACCAUGCAGACUGCUAGGGCAUCUAUGACACCAGCUACAGCAGCUGAACCACAGCCAGAGCAAACAGAGCAAACAGAGCAAACAGCCCAACUGCAACCACCUCCGUUAGCGGUGACAUCCACAUCCAGUCGCAUACAGCCUUCGUUCCAAUCAGCACAGACUCAACCAGAGGUAGACAAAAGCCUACCAGUACAACCAUCCUAUGAAGAUUCUGAAUUUGAUACUGCUACAUCUAAACAAGAUGAUGAUAAUAACGAUGAUGAUGAUGAUAUUGAAGCUAUCAAUAAACGCUCAAGUGUUAACCAAUUUAUUGAAUUCGAUGGCGAAGAUGACGGGCCAGCCCCUCCAGUUGAGAAGGAACUUAGUACAUUGAUUAGCGUCGAGGGUGAAGCUGCCAGAGCUAAAUCCGGUAUGGGCCUUACUAGCUCAAAUAUGCAACACGCUCAAACCGCUUUAUCACAUCUUGAAAAACCAAAACACACACCUAACAUCACCUUUGCCGAGACACCUAAAAUACAGCAAGAUGCUAACCACAUUAAUGGCCGCACACCUCAUUUGACGAAUACUCCACUUCUGAAAAUGCCAGAUCCUGAUAAUAUAGUUAUAGACGCUAUAGAAGAGGGUGAUCUAUUUUCAAUUGCCGAAUUCGCUAGGAAUGGUAGACCAAAAUUAGAUCACAUUUUCAACCAAGAAGCAGAUAUUGCAGAUGAUAACGCCUUAUUAGUUGCUACGUGCGGUCCAGAAGCCUUGAACCGUACAAUGAAAAAUCUAGUAUCGAAAUCUAACAAGAAGACUGUAGCAUUCGAGGAGAGCUUCAGUUGGUAA